AUUGGAAUUGAAGUUAGAGAGAAAAACGAAUAAAACAAGCAACUACCUGUCUUGUGUUCACACUUUCUCUGCCUUCUCUCUCCUCUUUCUCUCUCAUCACCCAUGGCCAGUCUAUGGCGAGCAGUAAUGGGAAGCACGACUCAAUCGAACGACGACUACGACGGAGUCGAGUUCUGGUCGAACCCAGAACGAACCGGCUGGCUCACUAAACAAGGCGAGUACAUAAAAACAUGGCGUCGCCGGUGGUUCGUGUUGAAACAAGGAAAGCUCUUUUGGUUCAAGGAAGGGAACAUCACGCGCGGGUCGAAACCACGUGGGGUAAUUCCAGUGGCUAAUUGCCUCACAGUUAAAGGAGCCGAAGAUGUUUUAAACAAACAGUUCGCUUUUGAGCUUUCUACUCGCUCUGAUACUAUGUAUUUUAUUGCUGAUUCGGAGAAAGAGAAGGAGGAUUGGAUCAAUUCGAUCGGACGGUGCAUAGUGCAGCACUCUAGGUCUGUUACUCAUGAUGAAAUUCUGGACUAUGAUAGCCGGAAAUAAUUAAUAUUGCCACAACAUAAUUUUGGUACGCCUCUGUGGUGAUAUAUUUAUUUGGAUCAUUUUAUGGAGCUCGUUUAGAUUGGUCAUGCUUCAGUGGAUCCAUAUUCUUUUGUCAGUGAGGGUUAACCUAUUCUUACAUUUCCGUGGCCUCAUUCUCAUGUUCCAUAAGCAUUUUCCUUUCCGCGGUCCUUUCCGUUGAUAGUCAGACUGCUGCUUCUUUCUCCCCGUCCAUAAAAUCUCAGUUGUGCACUUGGGCAGGUUGGCUGGUUAUGACUUCAGAAAACCAAAAGAAAGCUUGUCUUACAUACAACCAAAGUUGCAUUAUAUUGCUGAGAUGAUUUUUUAGCUUUCCCUCUAGUUAUUAUCAUUAAAGCUCUGAAGUUCUUUGUAAAAGAAAAAGAAAAAUCCUGAGUCUUAUUAACAAUAGUGUCUCAUUAUCCUACAAAA